UACACGCUGCACAGCAGAGAGCAGUCACCGGCGAGUAGUGAGCCUAGCUUCGGAAUAGUAAAUACUGUGUUGGUGAAGAAAGUUGAUACACUGUGCCUAAAUAUUUUGGACAACGUUAUCGUUGGAUUGAUUACUGUCAACAAACAGGAGUAGCGUGGUCUGAAGACAAUGCAGCUCUUGGUCGUAAUCGGUCUCGUUGGCUUGAUAGCAACGGUCCAUGCAGAAGUAUUCACAUCAUUAGUGGAUUUAGAACAUGUCAUCUACACAGAGAACAGCAUGCUGGAUGCUCUCAGGGAAUACAUCAAGAAUGAGGAGCUCAAACUAGACAGGAUCAAAGAAUUGACGGAGAAGCUUCAGAAAGCCAAUAAUGAAGCAAUACAGGACCCAGAGCACUACCUGUCCCAUCCGGUCAACGCCUUGCUACUGGUCAAAAGAUUCAUCUGGGAAUGGACUGAAGUAGAGAAUACAGUCCGAUUGGACCGACCCAAAACAGAUUAUUUGGUGAAUAUCUCUCAGUAUCGUGACUAUUUCCCCGCCAAUGAGGAUCUGAAGGGUUCUGGUGCAGCACUGCUACGUCUUCAAGACACUUACAGACUAGACACCAAGGCUAUCGCCGAUGGAAACAUAGAAGGAACAUGGAAGUCUCCAACCCUCAAUGCGCAUGAAUGUUUUGAGAUUGGUCGUAUUGCGUACAACGCCAAUGAUUAUUUCCACUCCAAGCUUUGGAUGACAGAAGCCUUAGAUAAAGUGAACAGUGAGGGGGAUGAGACCACAGUGGAUAAAACGGAUGUGCUGGAUUACCUCUCCUUCGUGCUCUACAUGAGUGGUGAUAUGAAGCAGGCCCUGGAGUACACAGAUGCACUGUUGAAACUUGAUCCAAACCAUGAGCGCGGCAACAGUAACAAGAAGUACUUUGACUACCACUUGUCUCAGAAGAAGAAACGAGGAGAGUUCAAAGAUGGUGAAGAGGAUGACGAUGAAGAAGAAGGAUGGGUCGAAGACACUCCCAAGACCGAGGAAGAAUUGAAACCAAACUCUUCACCGGAGAGAAUAACCUACGAGGCACUUUGCAGAGGCGACCCCGGCGCUGAAAAGGCUCCAAGGAAUCGUCGCAUCCUGAAGUGUCGUUACAAUAACUACAAUAACCCACGCCUGCUGCUCCGCCCGGCCAAGGAGGAAGUAGUCUUCGAUCACCCACGUCUCAUCAUCUAUCAUGACAUCCUAUCAGAUUAUGAAAUCAAAAAAGUUAAAGCGCUUGCAGCCCCUAGACUAAACCGAGCCACUAUUCAGAAUUCUGUCACUGGUAAACUUGAGUACGCCGACUACCGCAUCAGUAAGAGUGCAUGGCUGAGGGAGGAACUAGACCCUGUGGUUUCUGUGAUCAGGCAAAGGGUAUCAGACUACUCUGGAUUGGAACUCAAAACAGCAGAAGAAUUACAGGUUGUAAACUACGGUAUUGGGGGUCACUAUGAGCCACAUUUUGACUUUGCAAGGAAAGAAGAAACAAACGCGUUUAAAGAGCUGGGAACCGGCAAUCGUAUUGCCACGAUGCUGUUCUACAUGUCAGACGUACCUGCAGGCGGAGCUACAGUGUUUCCUAUGGUCGGAGCAAGAAUAUUGCCAAGAAAGGGUAUAGCAGCGUUCUGGUUCAAUCUCUUUCCUUCCGGUGACGGUGAUUACGACACGAGGCAUGCAGCUUGUCCGGUCUUAGCAGGAUCCAAGUGGGUUUCCAACAUCUGGAUCCAUGAGCACGGGCAGGAGUUCAAGCGUAAAUGCGGUAUAACACAAGACGUCAAGUAUUAGAAGCAGACAACCAGAGUAGAGGGCGCUUUAAUGCUUCAGCUUCUUCAGGGUUGUUUUGGGUUUUUUUUUUCCCCUUCAAAUAUAUGAUAUAUUCACCCCAAAUUGGAAAUAUUUUUGUAUGCUUUUUUAGUAGUCUCUAGAGACAAACUGCCAUUAUGACUAUGUGAAAAUUUGGGAUAAUCUCGCCAACAAAUUAGCCACAACUUCCAGAAAAGCAAGUAUUUACUUUGACCUUAAAAAAUAUGUCCGAUUGACUAUCCAUUUAUUGAUGAAUCACACCCAUGAAAAUCAGGGCGUAAUUUCAUGGCUCUGCUUCGCCAAAUUCUGCACAUUAUGAUCACCAUUCUCUGCUUACUGUGUAAGCGAACAAUGCCCAACGUGGAGUAUGCAGAUGCACAAACAAAGAUUCUGUGCUAACCGGUGAAACAGGCUUUAUAUACGUGUAGCCGCAAAAUGUCCUGCUUCCGGACAACAAAUAGAUAAAUGAGUCUUUCUGACCAAAACACAAAUAAAUAUAGACGAUGUGACCUGUGACAUCUCAUGUUUACAAAAGAGCACCAGAGCCUUGACUUCCUGUAGGCACGAUUUGUACACAGCCUAAUGGAAGAAAUCAUAAAAUCUUAUAGUUAUUUUAUGGAGAUUGAACUGUCUAAUUCUCAUCAACUUUUGAUAUGAUGAAAGGGCAGGGGGCACCUUUCAAAACUUGUCCCGCUUUCACUUUAAUAAUUCUUUGAUUUAUGUGGAAAUUAUGACACCAAAUUUCCCAUAUGACCUGUGCAGUAUUGUGCCUGCCAGAAUACUCAAAGAAUGUACAAGGUCACACUUAUUGUAAACAAAGUUCACAUGGUCUAUACUUAUGAUAUUUACAUGGACCUUUGAUAUCUGUUUGAGUUCUACUGCUAUAUUUUUUUUCUCAGCAAAAGAUUUGUCAGCGAUAGUGUUUUUUUUUUUUUUUUUUUUAAAUCAAGUCAGUAAUUUACAAUUCUCUCUCCAAGGCAAUAAUUUCACUGAAAAUUUAUGCAGAAAAGAGUUUUGAUAAUCAUUUGCCUUUAUAUCGAUAAUCAUUCUCAUGAGAUCUCCAUUAAUUAUUCAGUGAUUAUUUGAUGUUACUUGAUAAAAUGUAUAUACAUGAAAUUUUGCAAAUUAACUGCAGACAUUUUCUACAGAGCUGUCUUUAUCUAUGCAAAAUCAGAUUCCGGUAAAUUAUGGAGAUUAAUUAUAGCAAGAAUUGUGAAAUUAAUCAAGUAUGGUGCUAGAAGUAGAAACACCUGUUAAAUACAUGUAGAUAAGAUGCAUUUUUCCAAGGCCUGUUAUUGUUUUAGUUUUAUAGUGUACUUAAACUGGCAGUUUUACGUUUGUCACAUUUUGUCCUGUUGGAAAAAUUAUCGUGUAUUUUUUAAAGCUUUUGUUCAUUUUGUUAGAGAACUAUAAAGUGACAUCAGGGUAAAGAUGGCGACGAUGGCAAAUGUUUUUUAUAAUGAUUUGUACACAAAUAAUAUUAUUUGUGCUACAAUCCCCAACAGCGUUGAUUGUAAAUUACUGUCCCUUUUUUUUUCUCUUUGAAAUCCCAUGUGCCUUAUCAAUUAUAUAAUAACUGCGCUAAGCAAUCAUUACCUUUUUGUCCAUUCGGAAUUGAAAUUUAAGACAUAUUGCCUAAGUAAGUAUAGAUAAAGUCAAAGGUCAACAAAAAGGUCAAAGGGUCAAAGGUCAACAAAAGGUCAAGUUUCAAUUGUUUUGUACCUGCUGCAGAGAAGUUGUAGUUUUAAGGGAAGUGUUUAUACUUCCUUUCAAACAAUUACACAUAGAGAAAUAUUCAAAGAUUCUUGCUGAUUAGUUUUGUGCCAUAUUUAUAGUUUCGCGCCAAUGUUCAUAACAUAAUCUUGCCAUCCUUUAUAGAGUUUUCCCUGUAAGCAUCAAUGGUGUCUUAAUUGUUUUUCUUACAAUUAACUUCAAAUCAAUCCAAAGCAACAUUUAUUUCCACAUAUUAUCUUUAAAGGGUC